AUGUUAGAAUCAAAAGAUGAGGAAAUACCUAAUACUGGUGUGAAUGUAACAUUACACCCUCCUCUAAAUUCAACUGAUGACGUAACAGAUGAAGAUUCGGGUGCUGAAGAAAAUCCAAGUGUAGAUAAAUUACCAGCAAGUCAGCUCAAUGCUACUGCACUACAUGACCUAGAAGUGAGGGGCGUGGAAGCAACAGGAACAAUAAGAGGAAACAGAGUUAAGAAUUGUACUCUAUUAUUUGUAGAUAAAAUGAUAAAAGGAAAUAGAGGAUCAUAUGAAAUUUGUUCUGACUCAGCAUCCGGGAUUUCCAUUGUACGUUGGAAUGACAACAAUGUUGUUACUGUAGCCACCAACUUUGACAGAGUGCAACCACUAUGCUCUGUAGCAAGAUUUUCCAGGGAACAAAAGAAAAGGAUUAGCGUGCUCCAACCUAACUUGUGA